AAUUAUUUAUUUUCUUCAUAUAUUGAUAAUUUGGUUAUGAUGAAGGAAGAUUUGUUCACAAAUCUGCCGGAAGAGAUGACGAGAGAGAUCUUGAGAAGAGUCCCGAUUAAAAGCCUUUUCAGUUGCAGGUGUGUUUGUAAAUCAUGGCGCGAUUUGAUAGAAGAGCCUGAGUUUCUGUCCUCGUAUUCUCCGAAACCAUGCAUCGCUUCCUCUUAUAAAAACAUGUACACAAUCUACGAUGACGAGGCCUGCGAGCCACUUCUCCGAUUCCGCAUGAACCCUCCUCCCACUGUUUCUGAAAAGGUCUGUCAUGGUUUUGAAAUUGAUUCAAUUGAUGGUUUGCUUUUGUUAAGGGAUGUAAGCACUUAUGCUUAUUGCAUAUGCAAUCCAAUGACUCGGGAAUAUAUCGUGCUUCCUAGUGUGGCUAAGCAUAGCCCUAGAGGCUACAACUACUCUAUACAUGGAUUAGGAGUGAGCAAAAUAAGUGGGCAGUAUAAGAUUUUAUGUUGCAGAGUAUCUCGUAGGUCUUAUAAAUGUUAUGUAUACACUCUGGGAGGAGGAGGGUCGUGGAGAAUCAUCUCCGCAACAACACCAGGCCUCCCUGAACGGCAUAUUUUUAACAAAGCUGUAUUUUGUAACGGAAAUCUUCACUGGUUGGCAUCUAAUUCUGAUUUUGAAGAGAAACAAAUCAUUUGUUGCUUUGAUCUUGAAUCCGAGCUCCUUACCAAUUUUUCCAUUCCUCCUCGUGUCUAUGAUAGCGACAUAAAGUUAACAUAUCGAUUAUGUAUUUUGGAGGGCCGACUGUGUUUAUACCCUUAUAUAUGUGGCCUUAUAGAUGUUGGCAUUUGGUGGAUGGAUAAGUAUGGAGAUGAGAAUUCCUGGGUAAAAGUAUAUAACUUCCACGAACCACGGGGUAAAAAUGGAAUCAUUUCUUUUCUGAAAGUGUUGGAAAAUGGUGACUUGUUGUUCGCAAUUGAUUAUGAUCGUCUCCUAUUCAUCUACUCCAAAAGUACAAAAGAUGUCAUGCUAUUUAGUCAUCCUCUUCCUUAUCCUUAUGGUCAGUACAAUAUCACCACUUAUACUCCAAGCUUUCUUUCGCUCAAAGCUAUGGGGAUUCAACAUGUUCAGUCACUAGAUUUGCAUCGUAGCUAUUGAGAAUCACAUUGUUUAUUCAGUCACUAGA